AGGCUUAUUCAUAGAUAAUUUAAGAAAAUAGACAACUACGCCGGUGUGUAUUACAUGUGCGUAGCUGGCACAAACCUGUAUUGGUAUAAAUAGCUAGGUCGUACUAUAUAGCUCAAUUAUUAGUACAUACCUGCUCGAGCGCAGUAUACUUACAAGGCCGUUCACAAUUCUAUUCAAAGUUUUACAUUAAAUUCGCCGUUUACUAGACGUGAAAUGGCAGGAGAAGGAAAAAUGUCGGAGCUGUUAGGAAACAGCCUUCAGAAGAAUCAUGAAGGAGGUUUUACACUCGUGGACACCGAUCAAUCAGAAGGACUUGGUGAAAAGGAGUAUGUUGGAUUAUAUUUCUCGGCACAGUGGUGCCCUCCGUGUAGAGCAUUCAAACCGAUACUAAUAGAGUUUUACAACAAAUUGAAGCAAGCUGAUGCCAAUAAAUUAGAAAUUGUGUUCGUCAGUUCUGACAAAGACGACGAAUUAUUCAAAGCAUACGCAAAGGAAAUGCCAUGGCUUGCCCUGCCCUUCGUCGAUCGGGAAAAAAAGAAUGCUCUUUCCAAGAAGUUCAAGAUUCAGGGAAUCCCCACGCUGGUUAUAGUGGACGCCAAAACAGGGGAGGCUAUCACAGACAAGGGCCGAGAGCAAGUGGGAUCUGAUCCGGAAGGGGCCAUGUUUCCAUGGUUUCCAAAGUCAGUCAAUGACAUUUUUAUUGGCGAAGACUUGUCUGCGGCAGAUAAGAAAACGUUUGUGAAAGGUGACUUUCCAGAGAACCUGGAAGGGAAAGUUAUUGGACUGUACUUUUCAGCCCACUGGUGUCCUCCUUGUCGGGCGUUCACCCCACAACUGGCGGAAAAGUACAAGGAGCUGAAGGAUGCUGGUAAGCCGUUUGAGAUCGUCUUCGUGUCCAGUGACAAGAGUGAGGAACAGUAUCAUGAGUACCUAAGUGAGAUGCCCUGGCUCGCCCUUCCCUACAAAGACCCACGGUGUAAAAGCUUCAGCAACAAAUUCGACAUCAGUGGGAUUCCCGCGCUGGUGCUUGUGAACGCGGAGGGGAAGGUGAUCACGACUGAGGGCCGAGCUACCAUCAUGGAAGCCCCAAUCAAGGAGUUCCCGUACAAAAUGCCUAUGAUCAAAUCUGUGUCCAGACGGUUCGUGGAAACCUUGCAGGAAUCUAAAUGCUUAGUAUACUUCACAGAUUCACCAGAAGAUGCUGAGAGUUGCAAGGCUGCUAUGUCCAGUAUCGCCAAGGAGUACUACAAAGAUGGCGACGAACAGGACUUGUAUUUCUUUGUAGGAAAUACUUCCGAGGACUUAUGUGAGAGUCUGUAUAAGUACCUAAUGGGACCAGAGAUACGUCGGUGUAUCGCGAUCACAGAUCUCGGUGCCAGUCAAGUUUACCGACACAAGGCUGAAGACGGCUGGGCAGUCUCGGAGGACAGCAUCCGCGAGUUUGUGGCACAGUUCAAGGACAACAAAAUCGAGGCGUCAAACAUGGAAUAAAGUCCAAGACAUGCCCUACACUCUGACUAAUUCUGUUUUAAGUUUUUAUAAGGGGUUUACUAAUGCUUAGGAGAAUUUGAAUCUAUUUUAAUAGACAUGUAUGGGAAAUAACUCUGAGGCAGACGUAAGUAAGGCAAAACACCAAACUUAGAACAGUAAAUAGGAUAAUACCAAUGGUAUCAACUCAUAAUCUACGGAAUGUAUUUUUGAUAUCUUAAUGAAUAAAUGAAUAAGAAAAUUAGUGAUAAUCAAUAGUGAAAGACAAUCAGAACUCCAUACUAUCCUGCUUAACGAAAUUAAACCUAGAUGAAAGCUUUGAAGUCAACAAAAUGUAUGAAAUCCAGGUUUUGCUUAUGCGAAUUGAUAUCUAAAUGAAGGUCGUGCAAUUUAAAUGAUUAGAAUUUUAUGAUAAGUUUGUCAUUGUCAUGUAACACACGAUAUAUUCCGUCUUUGCGUAUUCGGAGUUAUCUGCUCUUGUGAGCAGGUAUUGAUUGUUACGUCAUUUGUUUG